AUUCAGCCCACGCUGGAGUCCGGAGUGAAUUUUCUGGAAUUCGGUGGGAUGCAGCCAGCACCCAAACAACUCUCUCGCCUUCCCAGCUGGGGUGGGAAGGGAGUCCUUAACCACUGGCCCAGCCAGUAUCGCCGAUCCCAAAGCCUGCGAGGAACCAGUUGGGAACCGGUCCUGUAAUGAGGUGCCUGUGGAUACAGGGCCCGUCGCUGGCUGCGCUGGAUAUAAAAGGGAGCUCCGGGACGCGCGCCCGGCGCUCGGCUCUGGCUCUCGGCGAUGUGGGGUGGCUCCCGCGCCGUCUGGAAGAGGAGGUUCAGCUGCUAUGGUCCCUGGGAGUCGGCCGAGAGCUGCAUCGUGCGCACCUCUGCCAGCGUCUACCGCCGGCUGCAGGAGAGCCCGCGGCAGCCCCCGCGGGGCAUGAGCACCCGGGGACCCUCCCCGCCGCCACCGCAGCCCCCCAGCAGCCCCCCGGCCGGCGGGAGGUUCCUCAAGUUCGAGUCGGAGGAUUCCGGAGUGGAGAUGGCCAGCAACGAACACUCGCCCUCCACCCCGCUGGGCUCCGAGAGCAGCUUCUCCCUGGACGGUUUCCCGGCGGAGAAGCCCCCCGGAGAGGAGCCCCCCCGGAGCCGCUCGGCCAGCAGGAGGCUGCUGCAGGCAGCGCAGAGGAGCAGGAGGCAGCGCUGCCCGCGACAGCUCAGCAGGCGCAGCGCCAGCACCGCUGACCUGGCAGAGCCACCACGGGACCCCGGGGAGCCCCAAGGGGCGGCUGGGGGGGCUCGGCAGCCCGGCAGCCCUCGGGACCCCCGGGCUGGGCCCGAGGCCGCGGUGUCGGGGCAGGGGCUGCGCUACCUGGAGCACGUGUGCCAGAUGCUGGAGCGCCUGGCGAGGCUGCAGCAGGACAACCGCGCCCUCCGGCAGCAGGCGGCCGGAGCCCGCAGCGCCCGGCCGGCCACCCUGCCCACCCGGCAGUCUCCGAGGCAGGAUUUGGGCACGUGGAGGGGUGAGGAGUUCCGGCCGCGCUCCUGCUCGGACAGCCAGGCACCAGCAGCUGAGCCCGGGCCGUGCCGGAGGAUGUGGGGACACUCGCUCAGCUCCCCGAGCCUGCUGGACCCCUCCGAGGGCGGGGCGCGAGUCCCGGCACCGGACAAGGACGGGCGCUCGCACUGGGGCCGGGUGAAGGUGCUGCUCACCCGCCUGACCCGCCGCUCCCUGCGGGGCGGCCGCUGCAGGUAGGACGGGAGGGUCCCGCUCCUACCGCCACACCUGGAUGGAGGAAAUGCAUCACACCUCACCCUGCGGCGUCCCGCCCGCCCGGGGCCGGUCCCCGGCCCGGCGCACCCCCUUCACCUUCACCCUUUCCCCCAAUAAAGGCUUUUCACCGAUAAAGAAGCGGCUCUUAGCGCGGUGCUUGUUGUCGCGACGUGACGUCACACCCCUAAAGUCGGCGUGACGUCACGCGAAGGCGCGUCACUGCCGCAUCACUUCCCUGGCUUUUCCGCAUCACUUCCCAAGGCUUUUCCGCCCCUUUUGUCCGGCCGGGCUCGCUCUCACGGGCGGCUCCAGAGGCUGCUGCCCCCGCCCGGGCUCUCC